AUAUAGAAGAUGUUCCGCAUUUUGAUUGGAGGGAAUGCGGCGGGGUAAGUCCGGUGAAGGACCAAGGUCAUUCGUGUUCUUCUUGCUGGGCCUUUAGUGCUAUUGCAAAUAUCGAGAGUCAGUUUUGGAUGCAAGGUCGCCACUACAUCCUUUCAGAGCAGUUCCUAUUAGAUUGCAACACUAUGAAUGCCGAUUGCAAUCACACGGUCAGCGUUGUCCACACUUUUGCUGAUAUAAUAACGAAUCUCGGCGGUGUGCCGUUCGAGUCACACUACCGGCCUUACAGUGGAUCAAAGUGGCAUUGUCCGCAGCACAAGCCUCGGUUGGUAAACGUGAUUGGGCUGAAGCGACUCAGGCCAGGAGAUGAGGAUGCAAUGGUCCAAGCUUUAAGGGAAAAUGGGCCUCUUUCUGCUGGUAUUAACGACAAAAUGAUGUUAAGCCCUCGCGGCUCUACAGAUAUAGAUGAACCCACGGAGGAUCAGUGCCCGCCGGAAGGUCGGAACCACGCUGUCCUUAUAGUUGGCUACAGCGUCGCUUAUAGUCCUGAUGGUCGAACGGUGCCAUAUUGGAUCAUCAAGAACUCUUGGGGGACGGACUGGCCGCAAGGGGACCAGGGGUACUACUACCUCCGCCGAGGGACCAACGCCUGCGGCAUCGCCAUGGACGUGUCUUACGCUAAUGUUGCAGUAGAUUAA